AUGCCAUUACUCGACAAAGGAGUGCAAACCAUGGUCAUUUUGAUGACUGUUAACUUGAGCAAUAUUUUUUUGGUUGUUAUAAAGGCUAUCGCUGCCUAUCACACAGGUUCGUUCUCAAUUGCUAACUCAACGAUAGAAACCUUCGGUGAUGUCUUCGUCGGCUUUCUUCUCCUAGUUCAAAGAAUUCAGGCACGUGUUCUAAAAGCUGAACACUAUCCACGUGGUCGAACAACAGAAUCACUUACAAAUGACAUUGACAGAUUUGUGGAAAAGAGAUUUGACCCACAUAUGGAGCUCGAGGACAUCCUAGUUGUUGCACUCAACAUUCUGUUAAAAUUAUUUCUACUUGGAAUAUGCUACGUUAGACGAGAUGUGUGUCAAAUUCGAAUUCUACUCAGAGACCAAGGUGUCGAUGUAAUCACUAAUACAACUGCUAUCGUAUUCGUCCUGCUAACUAGAUAUCUUCAUAAGAACUGGGACAUAGUUGGAGCAGCGACUAUCUUCAUCACGAUAUGCAGGAGCUGGUUACCAAUUCUCUUUUCCAAUUGUAGUAAAAUUCACGGAGUUGUUGCAAAACCGACGGAGAUUGAUCAAAUACAAGAGGUUAUUGGAGAACUAGGUGAUAUCAAUGCUGUACACAAUCUGAUUGCUUAUCAUCGAGGACAGGGCAUAGUCGUCGAGUUAUAUGCUGAAUUGAAAGGAUCGUGCUCACAAGCAAUUGAAGAAGCUAGGAAAAGAGCAACACUCCAACUAGAGGAAAUUGACUUGGUAGAAACUGCUUAUGUAUUUCAUUCUCAAUCGUAUUCUAAGGAGCCGUCUAACAAGAAUAUAAAACAUACUGUGGAUGCCGAAUAUGAUGUGCCCCUAGUACAAGUUACUUAG